UUCUCUAUUCACUUUCUCUCUCUAACAAGACACCAUUUCCUGAUUUCUUCUUCUUCCUCUCCCUCUCUCUCUCUAGCUUUAAAUCUCUCCAGAUGCCCAAAUCCUUUACCCGCCGUCGCUUCUCUAAUCGCCACCAUCUUCUCCGCCGUCUUAGCUUCCACAUUUACUCUUACUCUCACCAUCACCGUCGUCGUCCUCCUUUGCAUCAUCACCAAUCUCUUUUGUAGACAAUGUUAAUCACCUUUCUAAGAUUCGUCUCUUCCAGAUUGAUUCUGGCUUCUCUCGUUUGAGAUUAUUAUGCCGGUUUCUCCUGAAAGUGAAACCUUAGGGUUUCGUUUUCUAUUGAUUGGGUUUAUGAUGUUGGUUUUUCUUCUGAUUCGUCGGCAAUGGAGAUCUGCUUCUGUGAGGAGAGAGGAAGUUAUUCGUCUCAUUGCUUUAGCCACCGAAGAAUCUUAUCUGGCGGAGGAGGUUCGUGCCUCCACUGUUGAUUCGGUUUCGGAUGUUUAUCGUUGCGCUGUUUGUCUUUACCCUACCACUACUCGUUGCUCUCAGUGCAAAUCUGUUCGUUACUGUUCAAGCAAGUGUCAAAUUCUUCAUUGGCGACGAGGCCAUAAAGAAGAAUGUCGAUCGCCUGAUUCCGAUGAAGAAAAGGAGGAGUCUGUUAAAUCUGAUGAUGAUGCAAAAGAGUCGAAUAUGGAUUUUCCGUCUCGUGGGACUGCGUUUGAAUCAUCAGCAGAAGUACCCUCAAAUGUGUCUGUUGAUGUUGCCUGUGAUAUGUCUACAAGUAGGCCUAGUAUUCAUAAACUGCAAGCUAGAUCUGAAGCUGUGGAUUUCACUACUUCUUUUAACUUAAAGGAUAAUCUCUAUGAGACCAGGCCACUUAGUAGGAAGAAAUCACGUAAUCGUACAGACAAGGUUGAAUCAGCGAGAAAUUAUUCCAAAGGAAAGACUGAUGCAAAGCCGCGGAAACUUGGCAAUCAAAAUUCUCGUAAGUCAGGUGGUUCGGCUGAAAUGUCAAUUACAGAUCAAUUUUUGUCAGUUGAUGAGUAUGAAGAAGAAAUAAAUGCAUUUGAACACGGAAGAAUUACAUCUGAACCAUCUAGUGCUUCUGCUGCCAUGUCAUCUUCAACUGUUUUCCUACCUUCAAAAGCUAAUAGUAAGCCAAAAGUGUCACAAGCUUCAAGUAGUGGAUUGAAAACAUCGGUGCAGAAAGUUGUUCAGCAUUUUAGACCCCGACAGUCGUCAAAAAUGUUUCAACCUUCCAGUUCUAUUGAUGAGAUGAGCUUCUCAUAUGAGUUGUUUGUGAAACUUUAUUGUGAUAAAGUAGAAUUACAGCCAUUUGGUCUUGUGAACUUAGGAAACAGUUGCUAUGCAAAUUCUGUCCUUCAGUGCUUGGCAUUCACUCGGCCACUUAUGUCAUACCUUAUUAGGGGAUUACACUCUAAAACAUGUAGAAAGAAGAGUUGGUGUUUUGUUUGUGAGUUUGAACAUUUAAUUUUAAAGGCAAGGGGAGGAGAAUCUCCUUUAUCACCUAUCAAGAUCUUAUCAAAAUUACAAAAGAUUGGGAAGCAUCUUGGCCCUGGAAAAGAAGAAGACGCACACGAGUUUUUAAGGUGUGCUGUUGAGACAAUGCAAUCUGUUUUUCUCAAAGAGGCUUCUGCAGCUGGUCCGUUUGCUGAAGAAACUACUUUAGUAGGCCUUACGUUUGGUGGAUAUCUUCAUUCCAAGAUUAAAUGCAUGAAAUGCCUCCACAAAUCUGAGCAAUCGGAGCUGAUGAUGGAUCUAACUGUUGAGAUUGAUGGGGAUAUAGGAAGCCUCGAAGAAGCACUUGCUCAAUUUACAGCAUACGAAGUCCUAGAUGGAGAGAACCGGUACUUCUGUGGCAGAUGUAAAUCUUACCAGAAAGCCAAAAAGAAAUUGAUGAUAUUGGAAGGACCCAAUAUUCUUACUGUUGUGCUAAAACGUUUUCAGUCUGAUAACUUUGGGAAGCUGAGCAAACCCAUCCAUUUUCCCGAGCUUCUCGAUAUUGGCCCGUAUAUGAGUGACCCAAAUCAUGGUGAUCAUCCCGUGUAUAGUCUCUAUGCAGUGGUGGUCCAUUUGGAUGCUAUGAGCACUUCAUUUUCAGGUCAUUAUGUUUGCUACAUAAAAACCCUUCAUGGAGAUUGGUUCAAAAUUGAUGACAGCAAUGUUUUUCGGGUUCAAUUAGAGACUGUAUUACUAGAAGGAGCAUACAUGCUUCUUUAUGCAAGAAAUUCUCCGAGACCGGUGAGCAAGAACGGUGGUCGGAAAUCAAAGGAAAGAAGAAAUUUGGCUGCAAUUCCGUCAAGAAACAACAAGAAACAGAGAGACAGUGAGAAUAACAGUUUGUUGCUGCGUGUGGACUGGUCGAGUGGAAGUCUAUCGUCAAUGUUUAGCUCAUCGGACACAACAAGCUCAUGUAGCACAAAAGACUCAUCAGGUAUUGAGACUUUAUCAGAUUACCUGUUUGGUGGAGUUGAACCGGUUUGGAAACGGGAUCGUCAUGUUUUAUCUGCUCUAACGUUUUAUUGAGAUUUUUUGAGUCUGAUGACCAAUUUUUGUCUUUGAACCAAUAAGAAACAGAAAUAGAAAAUGUUCAUUUUUAAUAUCUACUCAAUUCGAGCUGACGUGUACAGUUUUAUUGAGCUUUUUGACUGAACCAAUAAGCAAAAAUAGAAAAUGUACAUUUUUUUUAUACCUUCUUUCUUGACUCCAGUCAA